AUGUCUGUGACCGUGAAACACCUCAAUGCCGAUACGAGCUUUCUCCUCACAUUCUCCCCCCGGCCAAACUCUCCCACAACCGAAGUCGCGGCCACUGAUGGCGCAUUUUCUCUGCUUAUUGACCCGUGGUUGGAUGGACCUUCAAUCGUGACCGCGCCAUGGUUCGCAAAGACUGAACACAAAAUCCCCAGCGCGGUCCAGCACCUCUCCGAGCUCCCAGCACUCGAUGUUGUGAUCGUAUCGCAGAACAAGCCGGACCACUGUCACAAAGCGACUCUCCUCCAGCUGCCCGCCGACGGAAAGACCAUCAUCGCCGCAGAACCAGGCGCCGCGAAGGCGAUCAAGAGCUGGAACCAUUUCGACCCGGCCAAGGUCCGGGGGCUGCGUAAAUAUGACGCCAAAGUCAAGUCAGGAGGGUCAUUGCGACUAUCGAUCCCUGCCUUGUCGCCCGACGGCUUCUCAGGAGAAGUCAGCAUUUCUUUCAUCCCGGCCAAGCACUAUAUGACCGGACUACACAACGCGAUUGGAGUUACAUACCGGCCGCCUACGUGUACGAAAAGUAUAGCGCCGAUGGCGACGGUUGAUCUACCCAAGACGACAAGAUACUUCCACGUACCGCUGAGUCCGAUGACUGUACCACCGUCAAGCCCUCAGCCACCCGUAACUCCUCUGGCAAACCGACCUAUGUCUUUCGACCAACCUGCUCGGAGCGACGAAGUUCUCCAAAGUGUAGGCCCGUCCAGUUUCAGGGGACAUCGACCACGACUGUCCCGGUCAUCGAACACGGCUUCAUCCGAGUUCCUGCCAUCGACUGACAAGCCAGUCAUUCGAGUCUCGGCGGAGUCAGAGCGCGACGAGGGAACCAUUGUACACAACCUCGUGACUGUUCCCGAUCGCUCUCCGCGCAUAAACUCCGCAUUCGACUUUAAAUUCGGUCCCUCACCAUUCACAUAUAUCAACAGCCCACCAACGCCACCAGACUCUCCGGCGUGGGAGUCACUCAGUUCGCACCCUGAUCCUACAAGUAAUUCUACAUCCUCCAGCCCAACAAGCCCCCUGUUCCACCAACGGUGCACCUCCUCCGUCCCCUCCCACCAACGCUCACUCUCCAGCGUCUCCUCCAUGCCUAAUCUCAUUACACCGCUUACUCCGGCCCGUCCUCAGGCAGUGUCGAUAAUAUACUCGCCGCAUGGCCUCCCGCUGGCUGACUUACAGCCCUAUAUUGAGAAUCACCUCGUGCGACUGCCCGGCGCAUUACCUCUGACAUUGUUAUUACACUCAUUCGACUACGCUCAGAACCCAUGGUAUUUAGGCGGGAAUAUUAUGACGGGAAUGUACGGCGGCGCGGAGAUUGCGCAGGCCGUGAUGGCACGAUGCUGGAUCUCCGCGCACGACGAGCCGAAAGACGACAGUGGGCUUUCUGUCAAGAAGUUGCGUUUGAAGCGGAUUGGUGUCGAUGAGGUGAGGAAGCAUCUGCGGAAAGGCGAGCAUGGCGAAUGGCUGAGGCAGAAAGGAUGGACGUGUGACGUCAGGCAAUUAGGAGUCGGAAAGGAAAUAUGCAUUGGGCCACUGAGGGACUCGUGUUCCAGUAUAAAAGGGAGGAAGGACAGUGCGCCGUUGAGAUUGCGGAGGCCGUCGGAGCUCCAAUUGUGA